GACCUGUGGGAUGGGUGGCAGCAGGACCUGGAUCCGCCCAGUGCCACCAGGGACACGUGGGCCGGGCAAAGUGCGAGGCAGGUGUGGCAGGAGGCAGCCAUGGACAGGGCCAUGGGGCUCUGCAGUGUGACCGUCCUGCUGGGCACUGCUCUCCUCCUGCUGGCACCCGGCAGCACCCAGGCUCUGAGCAGCUCCAGGUGGAAGGACCGGGCCCCGGAGCAGGAUCUGCCUGAGGAAAUCAUCCUGGGCGUAGGAGCCAUCGAGCCGUCCGAGGAGGAUGAACCGGGUGUAAAGGUCUUCUCCAGCAAUGCCUGGGCCAAGAGAGGCCCACCCCAAGUCCAGGCAAGACCAGAAGAGGAUCGUGACCACCUCCAGCACCCCCAGGAUGGUGCCAGGGAGGCCAAUCCCCGUCUGCCAUUCUGGAUGCUGGCCCUGAGGGUGCAGAAUGGCCCGGAGGAGGAUCGUGACCACCUGUACCACCCCCGGGAUGAUGCCAAGGAGGCUGACACCUACAGGCCACCCCGGAUGCUGGCCCCAAAAGUGCAGAAUGGCCCGGAGGAGGAUCGUGACCACCUGUACCACCCCCGGGAUGAUGCCAGGGAGGCUGACACCUACAGGCCACCCCGGAUGCUGUCCCUGGAGGUGCAGAAUGGCCCGGAGGAGGACCGUGACCACAUCUACCACAGCUGAGUGCAGAUGUGUCCGGGCUGUGAAAUGAGGAGUGGGAGCUUAGAGCUUCCUGGGAAGAUUUGCCCCUUCCUACCCAGCUUUGACCCUCACCAAUAAACCCACUCCCCUCUGCACGUGUCCUGGUGGGCUCCUCAUUACUGGCAGAAACCUGCUGCUAAUUGCAGGGCCUCCAAACCUGCAGGACCUCCCUCAGGAUUACCCCAAGGCGCCAGGCAGGACGAGGAUGAUGCCCUGGGACAGGAGACUCAGCCAAUCAUCCCGGCCUCAGUUCAGCCCAGGUGAGGCUGAGGCCAGGCAAACUCAGCACAUGGGUGUUGUGCCCCAGAAGGUGCCACAGGCUGUCCCCUUCCCAGGGAACACACGGACCC